CACUUUGAAGGGAACCAAAAAAUUUAGCCCCCAUUUAACUAAUUUAAGGGAUUGCCAAAUUUAAUUCCGAGGAAUUUAUGAUGCUUUGUCCCUUUAUUCGUUUCUCAUCCCCCAAAAAAAGUCAGAAUUUGUUCAUUACACAUUCACAUUCCCCAAAAUUUCCGACCCAUUUUCCGAAAAAACCCACAUUUUUGUUCAUUUCUCCAUCAACCAACCUCAAGCAUCAAUAAGAAAUUGGGUACACAUUUUGCAUAAGAAACGUCGCUCCUGUCCCCGUUCAUUUCCAGAGAGAGAGAGAAGUUAGAAAUACUGAAGUGAAAAUUCUUCUUCAUUAGAAAAGUUUCUGUCUUUAUUGGGUUUUUGAUAUUUAGGCCCGAAGGGGGUGCAUCGAAUCAAUCCACUGGUCAUUGCAGUUGACAUAGUUCUGUAUCGAUUUAUAUCUCCCCUUAUAAGAACUUGGAGGAUAUUUCGAAGUGUGGGUGUUUAGGGAUUGAUUUAGAUUCUUUAAUUGGUAAGGAUUGCAUUGGCAAUCGAGUUUGUGUGGGUGUUUAGUUUCUUGCUCGGUUGGAGCAGAUGAAUGUGGUGGGAAAAGUUGGAAGCAUUAUAACUGCAGGUGUGUACUCGGUCGCCACCCCUUUUCAUCCGUUUGGUGGGGCCGUUGACAUUAUUGCUGUCAAACAGCAGGAUGGGAGUUUCAGGAGUACCCCUUGGUAUGUCCGGUUUGGGAAAUUCCAAGGUGUUCUCAAAGGGGCAGAGAAGGAGGUUAGGAUAGAAGUUAAUGGUGUUGAAGCCGGUUUCCACAUGUAUUUGGACAAUUCCGGCGAGGCCUACUUUGUAAGGGAAGGCGAUGACACCGGUAAGGAUAACAAGAAUGAGGCAGCCGAGAGUUUGAAAGAUUCCAAUAGUGUUCAUGAUGGAGAAAGUAAUCUUCCCGACGGAGUUGAUUCUGAAUCUGACCAUAAUCUCCCGAACAAGCCCUUAUUAGAGAUUCAAGAAGAACGUGUUGCUUUGGGUUCGGACCAGCUGGAUAGGACAGAGUCUGGAAGGAGAUUUUACGAGUUUGAUGAUGUGGAUUCUUCUCUUGAGGGGUCAAUUGACUUGUCUGGAUACGAAUCCAGUCUCUACGAGAAUUUAGAAGCAGUGGAGCAAGUUUUAGAAUCUCAAAAUUCUAACUCGGAAGUUGUUUUGGUUAGUGUGGAUGGCCAUAUAUUGACUGCACCCAUAUCUUCUUCCGAAAGGACUGGCGAGAAUUUAGAGUUGGGCACACCUCAGUUCCAUCUUGGACCAGGUGAAGAAACCAACUUUUGUGAAGGUAGUUCUGAGAUUAACUCUGAAAAUGUGAAAUGGGGCGGUGCUGAUAGAGGGCAUAUGUACCAAGUUCAAGAUAACAUGGAGUGUGGCUCACCUUCUCCAAGCAAGAAAGACGACAUUUUUGGAAGCUGUUUGGCACUACCAGAACUCGCCUUGCAGGUUGAAAACGAGUCUGAGCAACCAAAUUUAGUUUCAGAGGAGGUGCCACUUACCACUACUAUAGAAAUCAAUGGAACUGAAAAUGGCCCUUUUGAACUACCUGUGAAUGAGAAUGGCUGUGAUCUUUGUGUCAGUCCUCUAUUGUCAGAUUUGCAAGUUGAAGUAAAAAUCAUGGAGGAGAAUACGUUACAUCAUAAUGAUUUUGACAGGCCACAUGUUCGAUUUGCUUUAAAUGGCGGAGGCUCACAUAAACAUAUUGAUGAGGGAACACAAGAAGAAGUACAACAACUAGGAAAUGAGCUACAAUUAUCUGAUGAAUGUACUCAACAUGAAAAUGUGGAGCAACAGACAACAGUUUCAGCUGAUGAAGACAUUAACACUGGUCCAAGCACAAGACUCGAGAUUUCUCUUUGCGGGAACCUUCUUCAUCCUGGAAUGGGGUCUGGUUUGGCUGCAGAAGUAUUUGAUGCAAAUCGUAUAUCUGAAAUGGAAUUUAAAAACUCUGCAAAAUCAAUUAUUAAAAAUGAAAAUUUGGUUGUGAGGAUCCAUGGGAAGUACUUGUCAUGGGAGAAAGCUGUUCCGUUUGUACUGGGGGUGUCUGCUUAUGACAUGGAACUGCCUAUUGAAUGUACAGAUGUAAUUGCUGUUGAGCAGGAGGAAGCUCUAAAACCAGAGGUUGUAGAUGGUUCUGGAAUUGAGAGAUCUCCUUCGGGAAGACGAUGGAGGCUUUGGCCAAUUCCCUUCAGAAGGGUUAAGACACUUGAACAUACCAGUAGCAAUGUGUCAACUGAGGAUGUUUUUGUUGAUACCGAAAGUAGCUUGCAAAACCAGGCUGCUGAACCAAGUCCUUGUAAACAAUUUGUGAGAACAAAUGUUCCAACAUCUGAUCAGAUUGCUUCUUUAAAUCUGAAAGAGGGGCAGAAUAUGGUGGUCUUCAUUUUCUCUACAAGGGUCCUAGGGGUACAAAAGGUUGAAGCUCAUAUAUACCUGUGGAAAUGGAAUGCACGAAUUGUAAUUUCUGAUGUUGAUGGUACUAUUACCAAGUCUGAUGUUCUUGGUCAGUUCAUGCCUUUGGUCGGGAAGGAUUGGACUCAUUCUGGAAUUGCUAGACUUUUUUCGGCAAUAAAGGAAAAUGGUUACCAGCUUCUUUUUCUUAGCGCACGUGCAAUUGUUCAAGCAUAUCUCACCAAAAGUUUCCUGCACAAUUUGAAACAGGACGGGAAAACCUUGCCCACUGGACCCGUUGUUAUUUCACCAGAUGGUCUAUUUCCGUCAUUGUACAGAGAAGUUAUAAGAAGAGCUCCUCACGAGUUCAAGAUUGCAUGUUUAGAGGAUAUCAAAGCUCUUUUCCCACCAGAUUACAACCCAUUCUAUGCCGGGUUUGGAAAUAGGGACACCGAUGAGCUCAGCUAUAGAAAAAUCGGGAUUCCAAAGGGAAAGAUCUUUAUAAUAAACCCCAAGGGUGAGGUGGCGAUCAGUCAUCACAGAAUUGACGUGAAAUCUUACACUUCGUUGCACACAUUGGUGAAUGACAUGUUUCCACCAACAUCAAUGGUUGAGCAGGAAGAUUACAAUGCGUGGAACUACUGGAAAAUGCCGUUGCCGGAAAUCUGUAGCCUAUAGAGAGAUUCCACUUGCCGAGUGUAGAUCCAAUGGCUGAUAUUUGUCGCCGGUUUUCUGUUCAAUAUUCGAGAUCACGAUCCAUUCUUGAUGCAGUCAGUAUAUAUAAUAUACCAACUCUUUGUGACCAUAAAUGAUUCAUGAUGUAUUGUACUGUCUCUUCUUCUUCUUCUUCUGAAACAGGCUUGCUUUGUUCCCAUUUUUAUGAAUACAAGCCCAUCAUCAACAAUAAGCUUUCUCUCUCCCUCUGUAUUCAUUCAUUUUUUUUUUCCUCCCAUUUUCAGUCAAGUGUGUCUGUAAAAUAAUGCAGGGUUAGAACUCCAUAUAGUCUCCUCUCAGGGACCUUAUU